GCUUAGUCCGAUAAUUUGUGAAAAUGUGGUACGAAAUUCUGCCCAGCGCUUUCAUUAUCACAGCAGCCUUAGGUUUGCCAGGAUGGGGUCUUUAUCACAUUCACAAUUUAGUUUUAGGCAAUCAUUACAGGCGCACUCUUGACUCCAGGUGGGAUCGCCAUAUUUACCAGAGGGAUCUGAGACUUAAUGGAAAUCCCUACAAACUAACUGGUCUGGAGACAAUUGAUGAUUGA